AUGACAUAUAUUCUCAGCAAAUUGAGUGGUCAUUGUGACAGUUUCAUUGGUGCAGAUAUGGCAGAAGGUUUCUCAGACAAACUGUUUUCUGUGUGUGAUAUUGCCAGUAAAGAAAUCAGAAGAAAAAUAAGAGAUCACAAAUGUCCUCACUCUGCCCCGCGAAAGACAUUUGAACCCAAAGACAGGAGGCAAGAAGAAGAAGAUACACACAGUUUUUUUUUGGGCAGUCUUUCUUCUACUGCUGCAACUGAAAAGCGAGAAAAUAAUAAGAAAACAUGCAGUAAUGUUGACAAAAGUGGUCGUGGCAGGUUGCCUUCAAAAUAUAAGAACUUAGGUGUUACUCAGUGGUUUGGUACCAGUGUAAAACAGUCGGGAAGUAAUAGUCAUUUAUUAUCACAUGACAGCAAAAAAAAGAAAAAUACUGUUCAGUGGAGUUCCCGUGAUCAGCUCAAUAGUUCAACAAAAGCUAGUUUUGAAACCGGUGCCCAACAUUCCGAUGAGAAAUCUGUCACUGCAGGAGGCGUAUACAAAACGGGCAUUCACAGACAUUGUAUUGAUGAAACUAGUUCUAGAUUUGUUAGGAACAGAUCAUGGUUUGAAGACAAGCAGAAAUCUUUUACCUCAAUUAAAGGGACUGGAUAUAAGUUUCUGGAAAAUCUUAUUGAUAAAGAUCCAAUAGAUGUUGUUGUAAAAUUAGCAAGCUCUAAAACUGGGUUUGAUGAAAUGUUAAAAAAGAAAAUGAGCCCUGAUUUAAUACACCUUACGAUAAGAAUCCUCGCAGAAAAAGUCUGUGCAGCUGGGUUUCAACACAACAAAACAACUGUUUUGAUUAUAGCAUGCCAGCCAUAUUUUUUAAACCAGCUCGAAGGACAAAUCAACAAAAUUCCAACUGAACAGCAGUCGAGGAAAUCGAAAAUAUUGCCUUUCUUAGAAAAUCUUCUAAUAUUUUAUGAAACAGUUCUUAAUGUACUCCCACAAACUGCAUGUGAAAAAUUUAAUAAUCUGUUUAUUAUGACAGAACUGUCCAUAGAAGGAGCUAAGAGAUACCAAAACAUAAACUGUGAUGACAUUAAGAAGAAGCUUGAAGAUGUUAUUGCCCAGCUAAAAAGCAAGAGAGAAGAAUAUGAACACAGUCCAAUAAAAACAAGUAGCAAAAUGGAGCAGCUCCAAUAUUUGCAGCCCCCUGAUAAUUUUAGACACUACAGUAUAUUCCCAACUGUUGAAGAUUUUGCCAACAAACCAUUUUUGCGACCUAGCAUCGUCAAAGGGGCAUAUAUUGAUGUUGAACAUUACCUAGACGUCCAGUUCCGCUUGUUGAGAGAAGACUUUGUGGGUCCUUUACGUGAGGGUAUAGCACAAUAUAUGGAACAUUGUCUUCAAGGCCAGAAAAGAUUUAAGAGGAUUGACAAUGUGCGAAUAUAUCGUGAUGCUCAGUUUGUAAACACUGUAACUGUUAAAGAAAAAGUAGGUGUGUUAUUAAAUUUUGAUACCAAAAGGAAGCUGAAAAAUAUUCAUUGGGAACAUUCCAAACGUUUUAUGUUUGGUUCUUUGUUGUGUUUUACACGAGAUAAUUUUGGUACCUUCUUUUUUGGUACAGUACUGGACAGGGAUAAGAAACAGCUAGAGAAGGGUUGCGUUAUGGUUGAACUUUGUGCCGAAAUAGACUCAAACAUGUUCUAUGAAUUUUUUACGGUAGCAGAAAGCGAAGUUUACUUUGAACCAUACAGGCAGGUAUUAAAUGCAUUGCAGAAUAUGCCAUUUACAGAAUUUCCAAUGAAGCCUUAUAUUGUUGAUGGGAUUACAGAAGUGAGUCUACCCCAGUAUAUAUAUGCAAAUCCAGAUUCAGUAGUGUACAACAUUGAUGACUUCAGAGUGCCUGUUACUGAAUUGGAUGCUUGGCCUACAGAAGAUGAACUGAAUUUGGAUGUUUCACAGUAUAAGUCAUUCAAAUCUGCUUUGACAAAGGAGUUUGUUAUAAUACAGGGACCACCAGGAACAGGCAAAACUUUCCUGGGAUUGAAGAUAAUACAUACUUUUCUCAACAACCAAAACAUAUGGAACAUUAACCAUAGACCUAUUCUUGUAGUUUGCUACACUAACCAUGCUCUGGAUCAAGUCCUGGAAGGCACUUUACAACAUACAACAAGAAUAAUUCGAAUUGGUGGUCAAUCACAGUCGAAAGCUCUAGAGCCAUAUAAUCUGAAAGAAAUUAGACGAACUCGUGCACUGAAACUAUCUACAUCACAUACCAGGGAGAUAUUCAGACAAAUGCAAGAUGUCAUCAGUCACAUUCAUUCUCUGCAACGAGAUAUAGAGAAAAUGGCUAACAACUGGGGGGUAGUCAGUGUUUCUUCAUUGAAGGAAAUGGGACUUACUGAUAAACAACUUGUAUCAUUUAUAGAUAAACAGUCAGUCAGUGAUGAACUUUUCAUAGAAUGGUUGAAGGGAGAUGGAAAUGACAAUCCAGAUAAUGAAUUUCAGCAGGGUCAGGCAAAUUCCUAUGAUGAUGAUGAUAACAACAUUAAUGUAUUCCAUGAUGAAUACGAUCUGGUUAUACAAAUUGUAAGCACAAUACAGUUAAAAUAUGCCCUUCAGCUAUCACAUCUUCGUGCACACAGUCAAUAUUGUCAAGAGCAGAUGGAGCGUUCACAAGAUAACCAGGAGGAUUUCCUGAAGUAUCAGCAGCUGUGGCUGUAUAACACAGGCCUCUACAGGAGCCUCCAGAGUGCGUAUACUAAGUUCAAGCAUCGAAAAUUUCAGAAGGAAGAGAGAGCCAGAUGGUUGGGUCCAGAAGUUUGUAUGAACACCCUUUUUGAGUUCAGGUCAGGACUACACACUCAGCCAAUUGACUUAUUUGACAGCAACAUCGUAUUGUGUUCAUGCACUGUGAUGAAUAAGAAAAGAAUUAUUCUUUCAUAUGAAAUUCAUGCUGAACUAUCACUAAAUGUUACAGAGGACAUAUGUUACUGGGAGACACAUGAGAAUGUGUCGGUGUUGAAAAAGUUCUUCAAGAACCGCCUUACACAGGAUGUCAGUAUGGAUGGACAUCUUACUGAGAGAUUGACACGUGUUCACAACCUCUGGGAUCUUAACAUAGAAGAACGUUGGUAUUUGUACAAAUAUUGGUGUCAAUGUUUACACUCAACUCUCAUGAAGAGGGUGUGGCAGUUACAAGCACAAUACAAACAGUUGUGUAUGCGAUAUGAUGAAAUACGUGAUAUUGCGGAUCUCUGUAUAAUGCAAGAUGCCCUUGUUGUUGGCCUGACAACAUCUGGUGCUGCAAGGAAGCAGUCUUUGUUGCAGGAACUGAAACCACGAAUAGUAAUAGUUGAAGAAGCAGCAGAAGUGCUAGAGUCACAUGUUGUCAUUUCUUUAACAAAGGCCUGUGAACAUCUCAUUCUCAUAGGUGAUCACAAACAGCUGCGACCUUCAACUGCAGUCUUUGAGUUAGCAAAAAAUUUUAAUUUUGACAUUUCGUUGUUUGAACGGAUGCUUCAGAAUGGAAUGCAAUAUGACUGUUUGGAAGUUCAGCACAGGAUGAGGCCGGAAAUAGCAAAUCUUAUCACUCCAAUGAUUUAUCCAACAUUAAAGAGUGCACCAUCUGUUUACCAAUAUGAGAAGGUGAAAGGGGUCACAAAAAACCUGUUUUUCAUCAACCACAGAUUUCAUGAAGAAGAGGUGUCUGAAAUAGUCAGCUGCCGAAAUUUGUUUGAAGCUGAAUUCCUAAUCGCUCUUUGCAGAUACCUUUUACUUCAAGGAUAUGAAGAAACUGAAAUUACCAUAUUGACAACUUACUCUGGGCAAAUGUUCUACUUGAGGAAACUGAGAAGGGAAUCUGGUGCACUACAAAACAUUCGAAUAACUGUUGUAGAUAACUUCCAAGGAGAAGAAAACAAAAUAAUUUUACUGUCAUUGGUACGGAGCAAUGAGGAUGGCAAGAUUGGUUUCCUUAAAGUUGAAAACAGAGUAUGUGUAGCCCUCUCAAGAGCUAAAGAAGGCUUUUACAUAAUUGGUAACAUGGACACACUGACUAAGAGCAGCCAAAUAUGGCCAAAAAUAAACGAAACGCUCAUGAAACAAGAUGCAUUUGGCUCUCAUCUGACAUUAAAAUGUCAGAUACAUCCAACUGAGGAAACAAAGGUGGCCUCAGCAGCUGACUUUAAGGCUGUUCCUGAAGGAGGUUGCAGCCUUCCUUGCGAGGCAGAUCUUCAGUGUGGCCACAAAUGUCAGAGUGUGUGUCAUGUAAGGAACAGAUUCCAUGAAAAUUAUAAGUGCUACUUUCCUUGUGAAAGGAUUCCGCAGCAAUGUCCAUUGGGCCACAAGUGUCUUAAGAAAUGUUUCCAAGAUUGUGGAGAUUGUAAGAUGCCUAUGGAGAAUGUGCUUCCUUGUACACAUGUAAAGACCUUAGCUUGUCAUGUCAAUGCUAGUGAGUACCAGUGUCAGGAAGUAGUGGAAGCUGUACUGGAACCAUGUAGUCACAAAACUAAAAAACUUUGUUUUCAAGAUAUUCAAAAAUUGCAUUGUCCAUUUCCAUGUGAAGACAGGCUUGUUUGUGGACAUAGCUGUGUGAGAAAUUGCCAUGCAGGAGAUGAUCCAGACCAUCUUGAGUACAAAUGUAAUAAACCUUGUGAAAAAAACAAUGCUGGUUGCAAAAAAAAUCACAAGUGCUACAAGAAGUGUUAUGAGGAAUGUGGAGAAUGUGUUGUCGAAGUCAAAGUGCAACUAAGUUGUGGACAUACGCAUCAGAUACAUUGCAGUUCUGAUCCAUCAGAAGUGAAAUGUCGUAGGAACUGCAAGCGUACAAUGGAAUGUGGGCACAAAUGUCAUCUUCUCUGUUUUGAGCAGUGUGGAAAUUGUGCAGUUAAGGUACAAAAAGUUAUUCCAGACUGUGGACAUGAAGUUCUUGCAGAAUGUUCUAAAGAACCCACACGUAAUAUGUGUAGAAAGACUUGCAAAAGACUUCUCCCAUGUGGACAUCAUUGUAAGAGCAUGUGCCGCAAUCCAUGCACUUCACAGUGUGAGGAACUUGUACACAGUCAUAUUAGACCAGUAUGUGGUCAUGCUGUUGAAAUUCCAUGUUAUCUGAGAAGCAAAGCUUUACACAUAGUUGUAAAAGUUUUACAUAGUGAUCUAUGGAAAAUUGUAAAAAAAUUAUUUUGGAGGAAUAAAUCUUUAAACUCGGCCCUUCUUUUAGAGUGUGUUGUUCUUGAGGAUACAUCAAGUAAUGCUUUAAAUAAAAGCACUAAUGGCCAGUUUCCUAGUUCCAAUAUUCUUCUAAGUUGCCAGUCUCCAACGUUUCUUAAGAUUUGUCCAGGGCUGUGUACAAUUCAUUCUGUGGUGCCAAAUGCAUAUGAUUGUCUCUGGCAGCUGUCAUCAUUCACAACUACAAUAUUUCACUUUUUACUGUUCUUCUGCUUUGAUGUUGAAUUGUUUGUUUUUGAUUUGCAGAGGAGUGCUAGAAGAUGCACAAAUUGUCAAAAAAUGGCAACUAGUAAAUCUCGUUGCUGUCUAAACACCCCGACAGCUUUUGUUAUGAGUGUGGGAAAUUCAAUGUCAAGUGAAUCAGAAAGUAGUGAACAUAUAGAAGAGUACUGCCCUCAAUAUCAUAACAGUUUGCCUCAGCUCUUUAAUCAAAAGGAAUUGAACAAUUUGGUUCACGAUCUAAAACUUUCAAAACAGCAAGCUGAGCUCUUUGAGUCGAGACUGCAACAAUGGAACCUUCUACCUCCAGAGACAAAAAUUUCCUGUUUCAGACCAAGAGGUGCAUCCUCCACUCAAUAUUUUGAUAUGCAGAAUUCAAUGUGUGUAUGUAGAGAUGUCAGUGGUCUGAUGAUGCAGCUAGGUGUACAGCAUAAUUCACAGGUGUGGCGACUAUUUAUUGACUCCAGUAAAACCAGGUUGAAAGUGGUACUACUGCAUAAUGGCAAUGCAUUUCCAUCGGUACCUUUGGCUUACGCAGUAGCAAUGAUAGAAACUUACGAAACCAUGCCUUUGCUGUUUACUGGCUGGAUUCGUGAAUACUGCUGCUUUUUGUGUCUUUGGGACAGCUGUGACACCAAGAACCACUAUACAGUCAAGGAAUGGCCUAUAAGGAAGUCAUAUGUUCCUGGAAACAUAAAUGUGAACAAUACCCCAUUGAUGAAAUCUUCUGAAAACUUGAUUCGGCACCAAUGUCUUCAAAAUCAGUAUUCCAACAACUUGGAACUACAGUUGGACUUUAUUACAUGUUCACCAUACAUCUGGAAGAGAUUGAUGUGGUGGUGCAAGGCUGAUAUCGCUGAUUGCAUCCAUGUACUCAACCAAGUGAGUAACCUGUGUCAUGAACUUUGUGCUGUCACAGAUGACAUUCGAAAUAAAAAUGCUUUCCACAGUGGUGAACCACAUGCUUUGGUUGAUCUAAAUGAUGAGAUGAGCCCCCAGUCCAUACUAGGCACUGUAGCAGACAGUGGACAGCAAGGCAUUAAUGGUGCAAACUUUCAACCACAAACUGGAACAUUCACGGUUUUAACAUUCCCUUCCCAUUUCAAUCGUCAGAAAAUUCAUUGUAGUCUCACGUCAGAUCAAACUGCAGGUAGUCAUACAAAUCCAACCUAUAAAAAAAGUCUCUGUUGCUUAAAUCUCAACAAAUUUGCAAAAGGAAAUUAUAUUACUACAAGCAUUUUCAUUAGAAUCUUGAUUAAUAUGUAUAACAAAUAUGUGUUAGGAAACAGUUUGGACAUUAUUAUAAAUGCCAAAAAUGUAAAAACUGGGAAAAGUUCAUUGGCCACUUACGAGGAAAUUGCAGAUGAAGGCUGGUGUUACAAAUUUGUUACUGUAUGGUUGCCCCUGUUGGUUUGUAGAACCACAUGCUGUCCUUAUGACACAUACUUCCUGUAUGACAGCAUUACUAUUUUUUUCUUCCUGCUGAAUUUUGAUACUUUAAUUGGCUUGUUUGGAUUAUCACCAUACAGUGCCAAGUUGUUAUCGAGGUGUGAAAUGCCUUGUGGGGAAGUCCUGGAAUGUGAACACAUGUGUGCUGGGACUUGUGGUAAAUGCCAUCAAGGUCGUUUACAUUUGCCAUGCCAGGAAAAGUGUGGUCGUCUGCAAAUAUGUGGACACGGCUGCAAUGUUGAUUGUGCAAAAAGUUGCCCGCCUUGUAAGCAGAAGUGCGAAUAUCGAUGCAAGCAUUCACGUUGCAGUUUGAAAUGCGGUGUUCCUUGUACACCCUGCAGGGAACCGUGUGAAUGGCGCUGUAAACAUAUCCGAUGCACAAAGCUUUGCUAUGAGCUUUGUAAUCGUUCUCCAUGUUAUGAACCAUGCGAGAAAAAGCUUAAAUGUGGCCAUGAUUGUGUUGGCUUCUGUGGUGAACCAUGCCCUCCUUUAUGUAGAAUUUGUAAUGAAGAAGAAUUAACAACAAUUUUCUUUGGCUCAGAAGAUGAAGAGGAUGCCAGAUUUGUGUAUCUGGAGGAUUGCAAACAUACUAUCGAGUCUAAGGCAUUGGAUGAGUGGUUGAAACAGCAAAACGUUGAAAUAGGUCUCAAAAGCUGCCCGCUUUGUAAAACAUCAAUAAAGAGAACCUUGCGAUUCUUAAAUUAUUUGAAAAUUUCAUAUAUUGACAUCCAAAAUAUAAAGAAAAAAGUCUUUGGUAAUCUGAAAGAUAAUGAUGCAAAGAGGGAACAACUGAAUACUACAUUGAAAGGAAUAGUUGUUCCACACAUAGUAAGACGAGAAAGUACUGAAAUACAGGAGAUGCUAACAUUACUGCAUUCUAACCUACAAAAUGUACGGAGGAAAAGACAAAUCUUCCUUUCAAAAACGGACCUUGACUCAUUAUCCAUUAAAGUAGAGUUUGUCUCAAAACUUCUCGAAACCAUGAACAUCUUUCAUAAAGCUUUGAAUGGAGAACCAUGUAAAAAACUUAUGAAGCAAUUUGACAGGCUGAUUUAUUUGAUGAGAACAAGGAAUACAAACAUGAGCCAACAGGAGGUAAAUGAUUUUAAUUUAGAAAUAAACAGAUUUAUGAGAGUAGCUCAGUUCCGUAGUAUUGAGAGCAGCGACAGUUUCAAAACAUCCCAAUCUGAUGGUGUUGUUAUGGAUUUACACAAGAAAGCUGUGCAAGAAGUAAAAUCUAUUGAAAGAUAUACACCUAUACAGGACCAGAAACUGAAAGAAGUUUUGGAAAAACUGAACAAACAGUUGAAGGUCAUCACUGGAGAUAUUGAAAGAAUAAGGAGAGAAGUUGUGAAAGCAGUAGGUGAACGAUCUGGUCACUGGUUCAAAUGCCAAAAUGGACAUUACUAUGUUAUUGGAAACUGUGGAGGAGCAGUACAUGAAGGAAGAUGUCCAGAUUGCAAAGCUACAAUUGGUGGUGUAGGCUAUCGGCUACAUACGGGCAAUCGUCAUGCUGGGGAACUUGAUGGGUCAGCACGUCCAGCUUAUCCUAAUAUGUGA